AAAAGGGAACGAGGAAGUAUGGCGUGAUUUGCGGAGCGAGAGUCUAAAUUGCGCAAGAAACUGCGGUCCUUUUGUUUUGACUACGAAGACUGCAAAACACAAAUGAAACAAAACUCCGUUUCAAUUGAAAUCGAUUCCGAUUAGAUUUACAAAGAAGAAAAAAAGGGAGAGAAAUGGAGACAGAAGAACAACCGGAGAGUUGCUCAAAAUCAAAUGCCAUUAUCGGAGGAAGCCUGUAUGUAAAAGUGAUGACCGAUGAACAACUGGAACUUCUCCGGCAACAGAUUUCCGUCUACACAGCCAUUUCCGAUCAGCUUAUUCAGAUGCACAAAUCCAUCACCACACAACACGAUCUCGCUGGAUUGAGGCUCGGCAAUCUGUACUGUGAUCCACUCAUGGCGUGUUCUGGACACAAGAUAUCAUCCCGGCAGCGAUGGACUCCGACUCCUCUCCAGCUUCAGAUACUCGAACGGAUUUUCGAUGAAGGAAAUGGAACUCCUACUAAACAGAAGAUCAAAGAUAUAGCUAGUGAGCUUGGACAGCAUGGUCAAAUAUCUGAGACUAAUGUUUAUAAUUGGUUUCAGAACAGAAGAGCUCGUUCGAAGCGGAAGCAAUCGGUUCAUACGACGAAUCAGAUUGAACCCGAGGCGGAGAUGGAGGUUGAGUCGCCGAAAGAGAAAAUAACUCGCGGGGAUAACGAGCAUGAUCAGUCCUUUGAGAAUUUAUCAUCACCUCAUAGGGUUAAGGAUAUGUAUAUUCAGAGUCCUGAUAUAGGAUUGGAGCAGUUGUUGGGUAAAAUUGAAGUUGCAGGCUGUUAUAGUUCUUACUUCCUUUGAAAAAUGGUGAUGAAUCACAAAUGAAGGGGCACACAUAUAUUUAUAGAGUAUAAUAUCACAAUCAGGCUUCAAUGUAGAUCAAGUUAUUUGUAAUAUCAUAUAGAGUAUAAUUGUGUGUUAACUGAUUUCUAGCACACUAAUUUCUACCUCAUGAAUUCAGCAAUUUUCAUCACUUGUUGUAUAAGUAUUGCUACUGAUCAUUUUUUGUUUUUCAUGUCAUCACCUUAAUGACUACAAUCUCCCUUUU